AUGGCUGAUAAGCUGGAGACGAAGAAGAGCGGUGAUGCGAAAGAGUGGCGCGAGUCUCCACGCACCCGCCAAGAGCGGUCUACCUCGCUGACUGACGUGCAUGGGCAUCCGGAAUUGGCGAGGCGUCUUGAUGUCCCAGUGGCGAAGGAUGCCUCUCCGGCCAAGGACCGUCGACUCUCCUUGCGAGGUGUCGGCGGAGAGGUUCGUGAACAGCCGGAUAACACCGACCAGAAACCGGAACCCGGCCCCGAGAAAGAGGACAAGCACGCGCUUCGUCGCACCGCGGCCACAACGUCUCUGCAGCGGUCGCCACAGCGCAGUCCGGGCAAGACGUGUCUCUUGGCCAACUCCACCGUGCUCCUGGUAGCCGCCAUUUCAGUCGCGCUCCUCAUCGGCGUGCUUGCUUGGCACAAGAGUCGGAGCAGAUACGCCCAGUACCCCCUUCCGCCCGAUCCCCGUGGCCCGUUGCGAGUGAGGCGCUGCCGCAACGAAGCUUGCCGCCGAAUCGGAGCGCUGCUCAAUGACGCCCUGGAUGAUAACGUGCAACCCUGCGAAGACUUCCACGCGUACGUGUGUGGGUCCUGGUCGCACAAGUAUCCGGGCAAGACCAUCGCGGAAGUACUCGCUUCGGCAUUCCUGGGGCACGUCACCCGAAGCGCCAGAAAGAACGUCGUCAUUUCGUCGAAGCGUACUGCCAGCAACCAGACAGCAGUUCAGAAGGCUGCGACGCAUCUAGUCGCGUGCGACAACAUUGUCGCGCUCUCGGACGACCAGACUUCCAACGUCAAGCACGUUCUGGCUGAAGGUGGCAUAGCUUUAGGGUCUGCAGCAGAGAACGCAUCUACGCCUGACGUGUUGAAGGCCAUGUUUUACAUGUCACAAGUCGUUCACAUUCCCGUGCUUCUGGACGUGUCGGUGGAAUACGACGUAGAACAACGAGUGUCAAUACAGAAGCCAGAAAACACGGCAACACUUCUGGAAGAGUCGAAGCGUCAUUUGAAUGGCACAGCUUCCGCUAAACACGACAGAUACGUUCGCGCCAUUUACGAGAGUUUUUCCGAAAGUGAUAACACCUCAGAGUACGAAGAACUAUUCAGGAACAUAUCCCGCUUAGUGUCAACUUUGGUGACCUCCCUGAGCUCUUCUCUCGUCGACAGCGAAAAAGGCAAAGACGGUGUCUGGUUCUCUACUACAGCUUCCGUACACCAAAUUUCGCGAGCCAUCUCGAAAGACCGUUGGCUCAAGGCGUUCGAAGUUUUCAUGAGCAUACCAGAGGAACGCAAUAUGCCGGUCGCUGUGUACACCGGCUCUUACUUCCAGGCCCUCUUCACUCUCGAAGAGAAGCUCGGGGAGGCCGAUUUUGCGCAGCUUUAUUCCUGGCUCUGUAUACAAGCGCUCGUCCCAUUCACAAGUGGACGCAUCAUAUCGGCGCAACAAGCAGCUCCUCGAAGCACUGUUCUGCAUAGGCACAGGUGGCAGUGCUUCCGCAACGCCGAACGAGUCUUCCACUACGCCCUUGAGUACCCGUACAUGGCCUCCGUAGUCGACGACAAUGUCUCGAGGGAUGUCGUGGCUCUGAUGCGGAGAAUCAGCCGGUCGUUCAGCAAGGUCGUUCUGCGAACGCCGGUACGGAACAGUAAUUGCACCUUCAACAGCGACGAGGUCAUGGCGGGAGUGCACGCGGAGUUGUUCAGUCGCCCCAAGCCUGACUACUUUGAAGGCUAUUACGCCGAUUUUCCCGACAUGACGCUGAAUUCGUUGACCAACUGGAUGCUAACGGUCGAAUUUGGUGGCCACCGCACAGCAACGAGCAGCGUCACGCCGGGUAGCAGCGGAGACGUCGUGGACGUCGACUAUGCCCGCGCCUGGAGCAGACCUCUGGAAGCGAGCUACCUGGACGAACCGUGGUACUCGCUGGGCGUGCCCCCGGCUGUCAAGAUUGCCGGCCUAGGUUCCCGCCUUGUGUCGAGGUUAAUUACGGAGCUCGUCUCCAAAAGACGUGCCUGCGACAAGACGCUCCUCGCGGACGUCGAAGGUACGAUCGACUGCCUGGCGGCGACAUACGAAAGCCCGAUUCGAAGUUUCAGCGCGAUUGAGGGUGAUGUUCGGGCUGCGGUGAUUUCCUGGGCUGUGCUAUGGACUGUUCUGGGAGCCCACGUGGACUCGAAGGCAAACGUCACCGUGCUCGAAGAUUUCCCCCGCCUCUCCCAGCCGGUGCUUUUCUUCGUCCUAGGAUGUCUUUUGACGUGCGGGGAAGACUGGGAAACGGCGGAGUCGCACGUCGUUAAAAACAGCAUCAGUCCUACAUUUAAGAAAACUACGCCCGAGCAGUGCGAGGCUAUGCUGCUGAUCAUGUGCCUGGAUGAGCAACUCUCGGUGGCCCAGCUAGACGGACACGUCGCCAACACUGACAGGUCUUGCCAUCGCCUGUGGUAA